AUGACAACUAAAUUAGGAGGUUCAACUCCCCCAAGACUCCAAGUCCGUUGCACUGAUGCUCCCAAGACGAUGGGCUCCUUCGAGGUCUUAUACCCACUCAUUAGUCUCACCAUUUCAAAGACCGUCUCGCUCGAUCAACCCAAGCACAAAGCCGUCUCACCAGAACAAAAAAGCCAAUUGACCCGGCCCCUGGAAGCUUAUUCGCCAAGACCCCGAAGCCCCCAAACCCCCAAAGACGACCCCCACCUGCCGGUCGAACAACCCCACCAAACACCCCACAUCGUCGCGUCAACCGUCGACGCUUUCACCGUUCACCGCGUCGCACCUCACCAGCUCCCAUCACAUCUACAGCUCCAUCACAUCUACAGCUCCAUCACACCUCCAGCUCCAUCACACCUCCAGCUCCAUCACACCUCCAGCCCCGCCCACCACCCGAUCGAUGAGCGCACCAUGGCUCACGCCGCCCAGCUCGGCGCCCUGACCGAGGAGCUCGUCGAGCUCGUCACCUCCACGUCGAGCAAGGUCUGCAACCAACCUGCCCCCUGCGCCGAGAGAGCCAUAACCACUGACCCAGCCCCUGCCAACAAACAGAACGCACCCCAUCGCUUCGCCCGCUGCCGCGACGCCGCCACCCGCACCCUGCGGCACCACACCUUUCUCCGCACGAACCAGUUCGACGUCGAGAGCCGCCUCGCCGGCCUCGAGGAGCGCUUCAGCGUCCACCACCGCGACGGCCUCGCCCUCGCCCUGCGCCAGAGCCUCGACGCCUUCGCCCCGCUGCGCACGAAAUGGGCCCCCGACAUCCUCCACUUUCUCCUCGACAUCGCCGACCAGCCCGCGCAGAAGACGGACCUCCAGGCCCUCGCGCGCCUGCGCCGGCCGAAAGAAGGGGCCGGCCCGCCGCUCACGUGGGAGGACAUUGCCAGGGAGGACGGGUGGCAUCGCGAGCCGGAUCUGUGGCGGUCCGUCGACUUUCGCGACAGCUCCGACGACGAGGGCUAUGAGGACGACAAGUCCGCCGCGGGCCACGACUCGGACGACACGUCCGUUUCGGCCUCUGACGCGCUCGUCGGACGGCGGCCCGAGGAUUUCCAGGUCGAGACGCGGCAGGAUGCUGCCCUGCAGGCCGUGCAGCAGAGCCAGUCGUGGCGCCUGCCAGACGGCCACCAGCAGCCCUCGGCAGGGCCGUCGCGCAAGAUGGCUGUGUCCGAGUUUCACAUGAUCAGAGAGGCACUGUUCAUGCUCCAGGGACUGGAGACAUCACUCUUUCAGAGGCACGGCCAGCCGGACCCCGCGUACCAGGUGGCCAGCAUGGCGUGGGACACGUGCAAGGCCCUCGUCGGCUGGUUCGCCGAAGCGGGACGCCGCCUCGCCGUGCUGCGGUCCUUUGCGAGCCGCAGGCAGACGAUGCCGCUGCUGCAGGUCUUUCACGCCAAUGUCAUGACGAGCCUGCAGUCGUUUGACAAGGAACUGUCACGGAUCCAGCAUGGCCUGAUCGCCCCGCCGAGAGACACCGUCGUGAGCUCCAUCGCCCUACAGCGCGAGCUCGGCCCGCACCUCGAGCCCCUCAAUGCGCUGUCCGACAUUGUGCGCCAGCUCGAGGAGGGGUCCCAGGUCGGCGCCUUUCGAUACCUCGAGCUGCUCUACGAGCAAGUCGGCGCCGCGCAGGCCGCCGGCCAGAACGGCACGUACGAGUUUCUGGGCCGCAUGUUCUUCGAGUGCUUCCAGAUGUACCUGCGCCCCAUCCGGCUCUGGAUGCACGAGGGAAAGCUGCUGCCGGCCGACAAAAUCUUCUUCGUCGCCGACUCGGUCUCUCAGGUACCCCUGAACCAAUUCUGGCAGGAGCAGUUCAAGCUGAGGCGCACGUCCGACAGGCAAGCUGCAUGUGCCCAACUUUCUAGAGCCCAGCGCCGCCAAGAUCUUCACGGCCGGCAAGAGCAUCGUCGUGCUGAAACAUCUGGGCAAAUAUGA